UUGCGUGGUGUCAACUUCUCGUCUGUCUUCGAUUAUUGACGGAUAGGACCGAGUCGCAAUUAUGGCUGUUGGAAAGAACAAGCGCUUGUCGAAGGGCAAGAAGGGUAUCAAGAAGAGAACUGUUGAUCCCUUCACCAGGAAGGACGAGUACUCUGUGAAGGCUCCCUCGACCUUCCAGACCAGAGACGUCGGGAAGACUCUCGUCAACCGCACUAGCGGUCUUAAGAAUGCGAACGAUUCUUUGAAAGGCCGCAUCUUCGAAGUCUCUCUCGCGGACCUCCAAAACGACGAAGAUCAUGCCUUCCGCAAGGUCAAGCUCCGCGUUGACGAAAUCCAAGGAAAGAAUUGUCUCACCAACUUUCACGGUCUUGACUUCACUACCGACAAGCUACGAUCCCUUGUUCGCAAAUGGCAGUCACUUAUUGAGGCCAACGUCACCGUGAAGACAACCGAUGACUAUCUUCUACGCCUAUUCGCGAUCGCUUUCACCAAGAGACGUCCCAACCAGAUCAAGAAGACCACAUACGCUCGUUCCUCCCAGAUUCGCGCUAUCAGGAAAAAGAUGACCGAAAUUAUGCAACGGGAGGCCUCGAGCUGUUCUCUUUCCCAGCUUACGACGAAGCUCAUCCCUGAGGUUAUUGGCCGCGAAAUCGAGAAGGCAACACAGGGAAUCUAUCCCCUCCAGCAUGUCCAUAUCCGCAAGGUUAAACUUCUUAAGGCGCCCAAGUUUGAUCUCGGUGCAUUGCUCAACCUACAUGGCGAGUCAACCACCGAUGACAAAGGCCAAAAGGUGGAGAGGGAGUUCAAGGAACAGGUGUUGGAGACCGUUUAAGAUUCUACAAUCUGCAAGUUCCUGGGCUCUUCUUUGUUGUAGGGUCGUGGCAAUUUUUCUAGAUUGUUCCGCUGUGAAAAUAACCAAAAUCAAUGUCAACGUGAAUGAUACUUUCUCCUAUAUUCGUACCUCUUAAUUUGUCGCAUGUCUAUUCGGACUUGUAGGGCUACUUCCUUUGCCUUUGUGUCAAUUUAAAUUAUAGGAAAAAAAUGUUAGGGACAGUUGAAGGAUGUUCUAUAGUCUAUUGUUGGUGAUGAUUUGAUCUGUGGAAGUAUGGUUAGCUGAUUGUUAGUUGAAAUACGGUCUUUAAUAAGAUAGAGCAUGUGGUCAAUAACCAGUAUUGCAGAGUCC